AUGACUGUUGGGGAAUCAAGCAGUAAAUUUGAAACUUUGAAGCAAUUACCAUUUGCUGAUGGAAAAUUCGAGAACACUCCCAAAAUUGAUACUCCAAUAACAUUUACAUUGGAAAAGGAUUCAUCUAUAAAAGUUACAUUAUUCCCUGUACAUGAUUAUAAAGUGUUACCUGAAAAUUUGGUGACAGUUCUUCAAAAUGAGUUCAAUUAUGUGGUAGAAGAAGGUAGAACUUAUCCUUAUUAUGAGACCAUGAAUCGUGAAGAAUUUGUCAAAUAUUGGUUUCAUGCAUUUGCAGCGAUUUUAGUAGAAGGAGAAUAUUCUUCAUUUGAUGAAUUGAGGACUAAAAAUGCCGAUAAAUCAGUCGAAGAAUGGAAUUCCGUAUUUCUAGGAAAUUUUUAUGUAAAGCCAAAUUAUAUAGGAAGAUGUUCUCACGUCUGUAAUGCUGGAUUUAUUGUAAACCAUGAAAAAAGAAAUCUAGGAUUAGGUAAAGAAUUAGGAAGAAAAUAUCUUGUUUGGGCUCCAAAGUUGGGUUAUGUUUAUUCAGUAUUCAAUUUAGUAUUUGAAACUAAUGUAGCUAGUCUUAAAAUUUGGGAUUCCCUUGGAUUUGAAAGAAUUGGAUAUGUCAAGAAUGUUGCAGUAUUAAAGGGUGAAGACCACUUAGUUGGAGCCAUUAUGUUCGGUAAAGACUUGUAA